GUUCACAUCAUUGCCAUCCAGGAGAAGAUCACCGCGGACAACAUGGACAUCCACGAACGAAAUGUUCGCAGCUGUGUGGAAAACAUCGUGGAGAUGGUUGACAUGGACGAGGAGAACUUUGCUGUUUCCAGUUCCUCUGCGACAGAUUCUGCUUUCGAUGCCGUUAUCGGCUGCAUAGAGAACAUCAUCAUGGAGGAGGAGUUUCAGCAGCUUCAGCAGAGUUUCAUGGAGAAAUACUACCUGGAAUUUGACGACUCUGAUGAGAACAAACUCAGCUACACACCCAUCUUCAAAGAAUAUGUUGAUCGACUGGAGAAACACUUGGAGCAGCAGCUGAUGGAGAGAAUCCCAGACUUCAACAUGAACAAUUUCAUAGAGCUGCUCAUGCAGCACAAAGAAGAGGUGGCAGGUGACAUCGUUGAAAUGCUGCUGACCUUCACAGAUUUCAUGGCCUUUAAGGAGAUGUUUCUGGAAUACAGAUCUGAGAAGGAGGGCCGAGGUCUGGACCUGAGUCAGGGACUGGUGGUCACACCUCUGAUCUCUUCAGGCCUCAAAUGCAGCAGCUCCACUGAAUCUCAGUGAUGAUGAGUUGUGUUUUUGAAAUUUUUUUUUUACUCUGGUGUCGAGCUUCAUGAUUCGCUCCACAUCUAAAUGUACGGUCUGUGCACUAACAGCACCUGAAGCAAGUUCAUUUAUGCAUUCCAGUGCAUUUUUUGUAUUGGUGGGAUGUUUGUUUAAACCUCUCUCUUGUUAAAUAGUGAAGAUGGAAGGAUUUGUACUCCUCAUCCAUUCCACUGGACAUAAAGACUACUUGAAGUAUUCACAUCUCUUUAAUUUGACAAGUGAAGGACCAUCCUCUUAUUCAUGUGAUUUAUUAAAAUUUAUGUUAAGCAUCUAUCAGUCCUGCCUGGUUUUGGAGAAGGAACCCACACUUGUGGUGCUUGUUUACUUGCUAUUGCAGUUACUGGAUUAACAAAUCCUGGCUGCUGUGUUAGACUGUCUAAACAAAAGGAUAUCAGCAGUUGGAGGGCACAAAUCUAACAACUCAAACGUCAGAAAUCACUCACUUUCAAACCACAAAUCAAAAAGGUAGUCCUGUCCUGCUUCCUACAAAUCAGAACCAUCUCCAAAAUGAAACCCGUGCUUCCACACCCGGACUUACAAAAAGUAAUUCACGCACUAGUCUUCUCCAGACUGGACGACUGGAACUCCCUCCUCUCUGGCAUGAGUCAAAAGUCACUCUCACGCCUCCAACUAGUUCAGAGCGCAGCAGCUCGGCUUCUCACUGGUCUGAAAAGGAAACAUCACAUCACCCGACCCUUUGCUUCUCUCCAUUGGCUCCCUGUCCGUAGUAGAAUUGAUUUAAAGAUUUUACUGAUCCCUUCUGUAGGCUGCAGGAAGCCUUAGAUCCUCAGGUGGAUCCUGCUUACUGUUCCAAAGUCGAGGUUGGAAACUGAAGGUCACUGUGCGUUUGCCAACAGGCCCCUCUGCUUUGGAACGUCCACCUGAGGAGAUAAGACAGAGUCAGGGACUUCUUUAAAUCACUUCUUUAAACCCAUUUUUAUAGACUUGCUUUCAUGUGAUACUGUGAUUUCAUUGUUUUCUUUUCAACUUUUAUUUGACAUGUUCACUUAUUUUCAAUGUCAUUUUUACUGCU